UCUCAGUUCUCUCAGUCCCUAGAAGUAAGUAAAGAAGUAAAACCACAGAGAGAAAUAUAUAUACACACACAGACACAGAUACAUACACAAUCUUUAACAUAAUUAAAGAAAGACAUGGAUUUGCAUGAAUCAGAAUCAAGAACACAUGUUAUGUCUAACGAUGGUGAUGAUGAUGGUUACAUUGACUUGGAGGUCAAUCUCUCUUCUUCUUCUUCUUCUUGUCCGUCUUCCUCAAGCUUCUUCACCUUCAACGUCACCUCCUCCCCGCCGCCGCCGCAAAGCCGAGAGUUCGAGUUUCAAAUGUGCUCCACCGCCGUAGCUUCCGGCGAAUCAACCACAUCUCCUGCGGAUGAGCUUUUCUACAAAGGUCAACUCCUACCUCUUCAUCUCCCCCCUCGUCUCAAAAUGGUACAGAAGCUUCUUCUCGCUUCCUCCUCCUCUGCCGCAGUAACAACAGAUACUCCAAUCUCUCCACGCGCCACCGCAGCCGUAUCUUCCUCGCCAAGGAGGUUUAGUAGCAGCGAGAUCGGCCAAGACGAGCAAUGCUACUUUGAGAUAUCGACAGAGCUCAAGAGAUUCAUAGACAACAACGAGAACCAUCUCGGAAACAGUUGGAGCAAAAAGAUCAAACAGUCAUCGAUAACACAAAAGCUCAAAGCCUCAAGCGCUUACCUAAGAGCUCUGUUCUCGAAACCAGGGUGCUCAGAUUCAUCAGAGAUCAACCCAAGAUUCAAAACUGAGCCUUCUAAAACCUCAAGAAAGAAGAAGAACCCAUUUGUGAACAGUGAUCAGAAUCCUCAAUUGAUUCAUAGGAGAUCGUUCUCAGGUGUGAUACAGAGACAUUCUCAAGCCAAGUGUUCAACAUCUUCUUCUUCCUCUUCGUCUGCUUCGUCGUUGUCGUCUUCGUUCAGUUUUGGAUCAAACGGGUCGUUGGAUCUGCAGACACUGAUGAGAAGCAGUAACGCGAGUGAUAACUCCAUCGAAGGAGCGAUAGAGCAUUGUAAGCAAUCAUUUACAACUAGAAAGAGCAAUGUGGCUGAAUCUGAGCUCUGUUCUUCAAGAACCUCUGUUUCUACUUGUGGUGACCUUGAUAGGGAUUGAGAUUCUCAGAUCUGUGACAAACGCUCUCUCUGAUUCUCUCAUUCCAAAAAAAAAAGAAGGACAUAUAAAAAAGUUCGAAAAAUAUAACUUUUUUCUUCUACU